AGCUAGAGUGUGUUAGUUUCCAAGCUUCGAAUAAAGUUGACAAUACCGAAGUGUGCGAAUUGUUUAACUAACCAACUGAUACACAUGUCAAUUCUAUAUCAUUCAUGUUUCAGUUAUAGAGCUUUUAUGCAGAGUUCGGGGUCUUACCAAUCCUUCCAAUAAGAGUUCCCCUCCUCCUAGAAGGACGUCAAAAAAGGUGCGCCAGCUUUUUUGACGCCUUUCCCCCUUAAAUUACACCCCACUAUAUUGGUCUUAGCUAGGUACCUACCUAUCUUACUCAUUUGGUUGAUUAAUCAGAUCGGAUUUCUUCUUGUUUCCGGUCCAACUUGGCGGCUUGGGUGACUCGCUCUACCACUUGAGCUAUAUUCCUAACAAUGGGGCAUUGGUAGAUACUGCCUUGUCUGGAUGUCAUUCGGAGGAACUAUCAAUGAUUACCUAUCUAACCUAGGAUGCUGGAGGAAUAUAUAAAUGGAAGUAUUACAGGUUGAAUUCUCUAUAUAGUUUAUAGUUCAGACUUACCAAAUCACCCCAGACACACAUCGCUCUAGCAAUCACUGAUCUAUAAUUACUGAAAUAAUAUUUACCGAUAACUAUAUAUCACAAUGUCGGGUCUACCAUCAUAUGCGUAUCCCGGAGCUGGCGAAUGGGCUCGUGAGACGAUGCAUUACAGCCAAGCCAUCCGUGUAGGAAAUAUCAUAUUUAUCUCCGGUCAAGGUGGCUGGGAUCGUACCAGCAUUUCGCUCAAGCAAGAUACCCUAGAAGAAGUAGAUCAAGCUUUCGACAACGUCGACCACACGUUAAAGCAUGCCGGAGGUAAGGGCUGGUCUCAGGUAUAUCGCGUGGUUACAUACAGCACGGAUAUUAAAGCCACACACGACCGUAUCGUCGAGAACUUCAAGCGCUGGAUGCCAAACCAUCAGCCGGUAUGGACGGAAAUCGGCGUCAAACAGCUCGGUAUGGACACGAUGCACAUCGAGAUUGAAGUCCAGGCUUAUGACGAGGAGGGUGCUGCUGAAGCACAGAAGGCUCGCACUUAGGAGUGUU